UCACAUGUUGACUUGCAGUAUUGCAUUGACCCUAUGCAUUUCCUUCUCCCUACCAUUUGAAUGUAAAAGUGAGCAAGCCCAUUGUCUUGAUCAUGUCUCCUGCGAACACCUUCUUUCCAAUUCCCACAAUGUUCAUUCUUCUACUUUUCUUUACUUUUAAUGAUUCAAGUAAUCCCACCAAUUCCUUGUCUUGUGGUAAGGACAGAGUCAACAAUUACCCUGUCAAUGUGACGGUAGGAUACAUUUCCUGCAGCGAUCGGUUCCUGUUAGAUUGCCAGAACAAUCAGACUGUUCUUGUUAGAGAUUCAGAAAGGUAUUUUGUUCAAGAAAUCAGUCGCAAGAAAAAGAGAAUAAGGAUCGUUGACAGCAGCAUACAGACGAGAAAUCUUUCCUCUUGUCCAGUAAAUUCCAUCAACAAUGAUGUAUGUUGGAACCACUAUAGUUAUGACAGGAAAAUCCUUGUUUGGAAUGCAUAUGUAGCAUUCAUCCAUUGUUUGUCGGCUAUGAGUUCUGUGAAAUAUGUUAAAGCUCCAUUCUGUGGCAACACAAGAAAUACAUAUAUCAAUUCUUCGAAAGUAUACAGUUAUGUCAUGGUUGGAGAAUAUGGAAAAGUCCUGCAGGUUUCGGAUUUAGAAGAGUCUUGUACAGUGGACAGAGUGGUUUUAGUUUCGAGACGUGGAUCUACUAUGAAGGAUAAUUCUUCACUGGCCAGCAUUUAUGAAGCUUUGGCUUACGGAGUAGAACUUCGGUGGUCUAAAGAUCAUCAUUCAACUUCUUGGUGGUGGAUGUGGCCAGUAACCGUACUUUAUUAUGCUUCAUGGUUGAUAGCUGCCCUCGUACCUUUAAAGUUUAUAAUUGGGUUCCCUCUCUUGAUUUGGCUUGUGGUGCAUACAUGGCGGAGACGUCAUUUAUCCAUGGAUAAAAGCAUUGAAGACUUUCUACAUGGACAGCAUAACUUAGCCCCAAUAAAGUAUACUUACUCUGAGAUAAAGAAAAUGACCAACAACUUUACCCAAAAAUUGGGGGAAGGAGGUUAUGGAACGGUAUAUAAAGGAAAACUUCGCAGUGGUCCUCAUGUUGCAAUAAAGGUGAUGGACGAAUCGAUCGCUAGUGAGGAAGAAUUCAUUAAUGAAGUAAGCACUAUCGGGCGCAUCCAUCAUGUAAAUAUAGUGCAACUCAUUGGUUUUUGUGUGGAACGUAAAAAGAAUGCCUUGGUGUAUGAAUUUCUUCCCAACGGUUCCCUUGAAAAAAACUUAGACAGCCUUGUCUUCACAAUUGAGAAAAUGCUCGAAAUUUCACUUGGAGUGGCGCGUGGGAUCAACUACUUACACCAUGGAUGCAACAUGCAAAUUCUCCAUUUCGACAUCAAGCCUCAUAAUAUACUGCUCGACGACAACUUUGAUGCCAAGAUAUCUGAUUUUGGACUUGCGCUGCUGCAUCCCACUAAUGAGAGUUGCAUAAAUCUACCGGCCGCAAGAGGAACAAUGGGAUAUAUGGCACCUGAGAUGUUCUAUGGAAACAUGAGCCGCAUCUCCUACAAGGCUGAUAUCUAUAGUUUCGGAAUGAUGUUGAUGGAAAUUCUAAGUAGAAGGAGAAACAUUAAUCCUUUCGCUGAAAACAUGGGGCAAAUACACUUUCCAUCAUGGGUAUACGAUGAGCUGCAUGCCGGAAGAGAUAUAGAUGUAAAGGAUGCAACAGAAGACGAGAAGAGAAUAGUGAAAAAGAUCAUUAUAGUGGCAUUAUGGUGCAUACAGAUGAGGCCAUCAGAUCGGCCUCCCAUGAACAAAGUAGUAGAUAUGCUUGAAAGUGAGAAUGGACCACAAAUGCCUCCAAAGCCAUUUGUAGCUCCGCUUGAGAUCUGUAUGGCCUCUUCCGAUCAACAAAGUUCCUACAUUUCAGGCCAACACAUUCUGUUCCAAUUUGACCUUUCUGGUCUGUUGAAGAAAGGGUGGUCUUUUUUCUAUUGGGAGUACUCUUUUCCUGGCUAAUAUUAUUUGCUAGUAAAAUCUCCAUGGUCAAACCUUCCUAGUAUAUUUUGUGCAUUCUUGCUCUGCAUUGUAUCCCUUUUGUUUGGCCUUCUCUAUUGGCAUGUAUUUUUUUUCUUCUUUGCUCUUUUUGUAAAAGAUUUUGUAUAGGGUGGUGUAUACUCCCUUUUUAAAAUGUACAGGUGAGGUUCACCUUAAUCUUUUUCAUAUUACUAACCAGCUUGCUACCAAGAAUUUCCUGUUACUUCUCUUCAUGGAAAUUACAGCACCAAUUAGAUUUUACUUCAACAAAUAAAAAUGUUUUUG